GUGACAGUUGUCAAAUAAGUGAGGUUAGGUAUUUAUACGUGUAAUAGUUUUAAGAAUUUUUUAUUAAUAAUGUUAAAUAUAUGUAUUAAAAUAUUGUCGCUUCUAUUUAUAAUUUAUGGGGUUAGUGGCGAUGAAGUGUUGGGAUGCGGCGGUUUUCUAAAAAGCCACGUACAAAUCGAUUUUUCCAAAGUGGUUGUGAAGUUGCUUACGAAGCAAGGUAUUUUGAAGGACAAGACUAAUUGUGCGCCGAAUAAUGGUUAUUAUUUUGUGCCUUUAUAUGAAAAAGGAGAAUACACUCUGGAGUUGGAACCUCCACGAGGUUGGAGCUUUACGCCGCCAAAAAUCGAUUUAAAAGUCGAUGGGAAAAAUGAUUUGUGUUCGCAAGGAAGGGAUAUCAACUUUGAAUUUAAAGGUUUUGGUAUUGCUGGAAAGGUUGAAAGUUUGGGGAUGAAUUUGGAUAAUAUGGGACCUAGUGGGGUACAAGUUGAGUUGAUAUCAAGUACAGAAAAAAGGGUUACAAAUUCUGAUAAAAGUGGACACUUUUCUUUUACUCCUGUAUAUCCAGGAACAUAUACUGUGUCUAUAUCACAUAACAAGUGGAAAAUACUGAAAAAAUCCAUAAAAGUAAAAGUUACUGAAGGAAACACUGAGUUGGCUAGUGGAUCACUUGUAGUGCAAGGAUAUGAUGUUAAAGGGAAAGUUUUUAGUAAUGGAGAUCCCAUGAAAAACACUGUAAUUGUUUUGCUGGAAAAAGCAGGGACAUCCAGCCAAUAUGCUGAGGGUUGUUUAAAGGAUAAACUGCAAGGUUUAGAAAGCAAAGAAAAACAAAUUUGCCACGUUAAGACAAAUGGUAAUGGGGAAUUUGUAUUUCCUGUACUGCCAAAUGGUAAAUACUCUGUUGUGCCAUAUGUGGGGGAAAAAAAUAUAUUCUUUCAACCAAAAUCAAUCGAAUUUAACAUUAAUCAUGAGAGUUUGGAAUUAAAAGAGAACUUUGAAGUCAGUGGUUUUUCAAUAAAUGGUUUUGUGUAUAAAUCUGAAAAUCAGAAACCUAUAGUAAAUGCAAGGGUACUUCUAAACAAUAGGGAAGUUGCGAGAACUGACAAAAAUGGUUACUACAAACUCGAAAAUAUACAAGCAAAUACAUACAAACUCAGAGCCGAAUCGGACGGUUUCAUAUUUGCUGAAAAAACUCUAAACAUAAACCCUAAUUUGGACAAAUUACCAAACAUAAUUCCAUCAUCAUACAGGGUGUGUGGAAAAGUAUUGUCAGACGAAAUUCAAACAAUUAAAUUCAGUAAAAUUGGAAGUUCUGUCAUACAAACCAGCACUGAUCAGACUGGAAAAUUCUGUGAAUUUUUGCCAUCUGGAAAAUACGAAGUUGAAGUCAAUGUAAAUAAUGCCGACCAACAAAAAGGAUUACAGUUCUUCCCCAUCAAGCAAACAAUUGUUGUAUCUUCUGAAGACAUCCCUGAGGUGGUUUUCUCUCAACUAAAGGCCACAGUAAGCGGCACAGUAAGAUGCAUAAGACCUAAAGAUUGUGAAGACUUGACUGUGACAUUAAAAUCUCAAACUGACGAAUCCGAUAAGAUCGACUUAAAAGUUUCCGGUAAUUCGUACGUGGCCAAUCACAUUUUUCCCGGGCAUUACGACGUGGUUCUGCACUCGAAAAAAUUGUGCUGGGUGACUAGCAAGCAAAGUAUUUUCGUAAAUAGCGCCCAAGUUGAAAUACCAGCUUUUGUACAGACGGGUUAUUUGGUUAAUUUUGUGGUUUCCCAUGGGACUAAAAUUAACUAUAAAAACACCAAGGAUAAUAGGAUGUUGUCCUUGAAUUUGAAUGUCGGUAACAACGAAUUCUGCGUCGAAAAUCCUGGGGAGUACCACUUUGUUCCUGAUAGCUGUCACAUAUUUGAUAAAACUUCAUAUGUUUUCAAUACUGAUAAAGAUAUGAUUGAAAUAGUAAUCACGGCGAAAAAACAUAAGGUUUCCCUGGAUAUAGACUCGGUUGAAAACCAUGGAAACAUACUAGCGACUGUUAAAAUUGGAGAACAAACAACAACACAGACUUUAGCAUAUAGUAAGGGUAAAUACGAAAUUACUUUACUAUUGGGACCUUCAGAUGAGGCCAUGAUUGUACCAAAAUCAGAUAUUCUCUACUUUAACCCCCCUGUACUAUCAGUACCUGGACACGACGACUGCAAAAAUUUAGGCAAAAAGUUCAGUGCUAUUAAGGGAAGAGUAUUUAAAGGAAAAGUGCAACCAGCUUUAUCCGGGGUUAUAAUAACGGUAGAGAGCGAUGUAACUGAAACUUUAACAGUUGAAACAGCCGAAGAUGGCAGUUAUAAAUUCCCGGCUCUGGACGAUUCUAAUGAAUACACGAUAUCUGCCAAAAAGGAGAGCUACAUUUUAUUAGGACCCGAUAAUAAUGGCAACUUCAAAGCCCACAAACUGGCUGAGAUUAUUGUUGAUGUUUUGGAUGAAGCUGAUAAUAUUCCGCUACAGGGGGCGCUUCUAUCGCUAUCUGGAGGAGAGAGUUACAGGAGUAACCUACAGACCAAUGACAAUGGAAGAAUUACCUUCCAUUCUUUAAGUCCCAGCGACUACUUUUUGAGGCCCAUGAUGAAAGAGUACAAAUUUGAUCCUUUGUCGAAAAUGAUUAAGGUUAAAGAGGGAGAAUCUGUCAGUGUUAAAUUAAUUGGAAAACGUGUAGCAUACAGCACAUUUGGACAAAUUAUGUCCCUUAAUGGAGAACCUGAGGAAAAUAUGGUUGUUAUAGCAGCUGGCACUGGUAACUGCUCCCACUUUUCCGAAGAAACCAUAUCAGAAUCUACAGGGUCAUUCAGAAUAAGAGGUUUGCAGCCUUAUUGUUCAUACGACAUACAAAUUAAGCAGAACGCGGUUGGAAAAAAUUUGGUUGAUAGAUCUGUACCUAACUUCAUACAUAUUGAGAACGUCAAAGAAGAUGUAAAGGAUUUGAAAAUCAUCGUUUUCAGACCAGUUUCUUAUACUGAUGUAAUGAUAAAAGUACUCGCCCAAAAUAUUGAGCAUUACAAAUCCUUAAGGCUUAAGGUCGCCAGAGAAUCGUCCACUGUGAUUCUUAACACCAAAAUCGAUACAUCAACAGUAAAAAUAACCAAAGAUAAUAACCCUGGAGUCCUUAUACACCUCCCUUCUCUGCCCUCUGAUGAUAAGCCUUAUACAGCUCAUCUCGAAUCCACACUACCAGGUGAUGUAAAAACUAUUUCCCCCAUUGGAUACUUCAACACAAACUCAUCCUUCCAAUAUUUGGAGCUUACCUUCGCCGUGAAAACCGGUGGUAAUGACCAGCAUAUAAAACAAACCUCCGUAUGGACUCUGUUGAUUUUCAUUGGCAUUAUAACUGUGUUAUAUAAUAUAGAAUUAGUUGCCCCCAUUGUUAAGGACAAAUUCAAUUUUAAUUUGGAACAUUUAAGCAACUACAUGCCGACUAUUAACAAAAAAACUGUGGAUAACUAUGAUAACGCUGAAAUCGAUCAAAUCGUCCAAAGUAUUAACAACUUGAAAAAGAAAAAGCCCGUUAGGAAAAUUUAAUUUAGUAGAACUUUUUGUUGUUUUAGUGUGUUUAAUAAAAUGUUUUUGUUAA